GAAACAAACUCAAGAGGAUGAAGCCCAAUAAAGGAAAGACUUUAAUUAGAGAGAGAGAUUAUGUGUACAAAUUCAGUGCUGGAAAUGAACAUUUGGUGCUUACAGUGCCUCUCAAAUUCCCUGUGCAAGAGAAUAUCAGUCAUUUGCAUGGACGUCUGAUGGUUCUGCACAACCUGCCAUGCUUUAUAGAAAAUGACCUGAAGGAAUCUCUCAGUAAAUUUGUAGAAGAGGAAACUAUAAAAGAUUAUGACAGAGAAGCUGAAGUGGCUCUGGAAGCAGUGAAAUCGGGAAAAGUAGACAUCAAUCAGCUGGCAGAAACUUGGGCUAAAGCUUAUAAAGAGACAACAUUAGAACAUGCCAAACCUGAAGAAACCAGCUGGGAUGAAGAUUUUGCAGAUGUCUAUCAUGAUCUGAUCCAUUCUCCAGCUUCUGAAAUGCUGUUAAACCUGGAACACAAUUAUUUCGUUAGCAUCUCAGAAUUAAUAAGUGAAAGGGAUGUGGAACUGAAAAAACUACGUGAAAGGCAAGGAGCUGAAAUGGAUAAGGUGAUGCAGGAGCUUGGGAAGUCACUGACUGACCAGGAUGUGAAUUCCUUAGCAGCUCAGCAUUUUGAGUCCCAGCAGGAUUUGGAGAACAAAUGGACCAAUGAAUUAAAACAGACUACUGCUAUCCAGAAACAGGAAUAUCAGGAGUGGGUGAUAAAGCUUCAUCAGGACCUAAAGAAUCCCAACAACAGCUCAGUCAGUGAGGAAAUUAAAGUUCAGCCCAGCCAGCUGAGGGAAUCUGUGGAAGGAAAUGGAAGAAUCUAUGAAGAACAAAGGCUAUUAGAAGAAAGCUUUACUAUUCACUUAGGAGCUCAGCUGAAGACCAUGCACAACCUGAGGCUGCUGAGAGCUGAUAUGUUGGAUUUCUGCAAACACAAGCGCAAUCACCGCAGUGGGGUGAAGCUGCAUAGGCUUCAGACUGCAAUGUCCCUCUACUCAACUUCCCUCUGUGGCCUGGUGUUACUGGUGGAUAACAGGAUCAGCUCAUACAGCGGAAUCAAAAGAGAUUUCGCAACCAUUUGCCAAGAAUGCACGGAUUUCCAUUUUCCUGGAAUCCAAGAACAACUUGAAAUUGUCCAGAAGGUUGUACUUAAGGCCAGAGCACAGCGUAGCAGCAAGACAAAAAGACACCACGGAGAGUUCUACAUCACACGGCACUCAAACCUGUCAGAAAUCCAUGUUGCCUUUCACCUGUGCGUGGAUGACAACGUCAGGUCUGUGAACGUGACCGCUCGGGACCCGGCCAUCAUGGGGCUCAGGAACAUCCUCAAGGUCUGCUGCACACACGACAUCACCACCAUCAGCAUUCCCCUCCUGCUGGUGCAUGAAAUGUCAGAAGAGAUGACCAUUCCAUGGUGCCUGAAGAGGGCAGAGCUUGUGUUCAAGUGUGUCAAAGGUUUCAUGAUGGAAAUGGCCUCGUGGGAUGGAGGAAUUUCUCGGACUGUGCAAUUCCUGGUACCACAGACAAUUUCUGAGGAGAUGUUUUACCAGCUGAGUAACAUGCUGCCACAGAUCUUCAGAGUAUCCUCCACACUGACUCUGACCUCCAAGCACUGAUUUCUGUGGGGCACUAACCUGUAUCCUGUUGGCAGAGGAUGAGAUUAAGGAGAUUCUGGACUACAAUGUCUCUUUCCUGUGGACUGAUGACCCCAAAGUGGCAUUUGUUUCAAUUUCAAGAAUUGUGUUGUAAUAAAAGAUAAAUGUUGUCUGUACUUGGCUGGUAGCAGCUGAUUUUUGUCUCUUGCUCUGUUUCAGCACAGGACUGAUAAUCAAUUCCUCACCUUUAUCUGAAAGACAUUCAAUAUAACUUGUAUGAAAUCGACAGAAAUAUAUAUGGUUAAUUCUCAUACAUUGUUAGUAGCAAUAAGAGCUUAUGCUAGGAGUGGGGUCUUCUGGCUUCUACAAACAUUUCCUGAAUUUUCUCAGUGGCUUUUAAAAUAAUAUGGAACACAUCAGAUGUUUCCUUAGAAUAAACAAUGGAAUUUGUCAUA